AAAACCCUGGACCCUGCCUGCCUGUAUGUAGGAAGAAAUUUCAAAUAGCCUAUUCAUUCAACCUGACACCGGAAAAAGAAAGAAAGAGAGAGAAACUUGCAGUUAUAACCACCUCCAAACUGACUCCUCAAGGUUCGUACUGCGUGCUUCUGCAACUUCACGUCAGAACCAACAGCCAGUCCACAUCCACUACCAUUUCGCCAUCGUACACUCGAUCCAGAAGAUAUGCGAAACGUUUCCGGUUCCGUUUCAUCCCGAGGCAUCGCUGCUGUCGUCGGCGUCGGUCCCAAGCUCGGCCGUUCCAUCGCCAGAAAAUUCGCUAACGAAGGCUACACCGUCGCCAUCCUCGCUCGUGACCUAGGUAAACUAUCGACAUUUGCUGAAGAAAUAGCCAGAGAGGAGAAAACGCAGGUGUUUGCGAUCCGAAUCGAUUGUUCCGAUUCGCGAAGUGUAAGGGAAGCGUUCGAAGGUGUACUAUCUCUAGGUUUCGUUGAAGUUCUAAUCUACAAUGCUUGUCAACAACCGCUAGAUGCGAACUGGCGUCCUAUCUCCUUCACCGAUAUUCCAAUCGACUCAUUCCAGAAAUCCAUGGCCGUUUCUUCCGUCGGCGCCUUCCACUGCGCUCAGCAGGUGAUGCCAGGAAUGGUGGAAAGAGGAAGAGGAACAGUUCUCUUCACUGGUUCUUCAGCCUCCCUCAAUGGCAUGGCUGGCUAUACAGAAUUAUGCUGUGGGAAGUUUGCGCUAAGAGCCCUAUCACAGUGCCUUGCGAGGGAGUUUCAGCCUCUUGGUGUACAUGUGGCUCAUGUUAUCAUAGAUGGCGUCAUUGGUUUUCCCAGGUCAAAUUUGCGAAUAGUUGGAGGAGAGGAUGGUUCGAUGGAUCCGGAUGGAUUGGCUCAGAUAUAUUGGCAGUUACAUACUCAAGACCGAACCGCCUGGACACAGGAAAUGGACCUUUGUCCUACCGCACCCUCACGUCGCUAGCUAUUAAUUUUUUAUUAUUAUUAUUAUUAUUAUUGAGUGUUUAAUUUGUAAAUAUACAUUCUCUAAUCUCUUAAUUUCUCCAUAUAUAUAUAUAUGUGUGGACUAUAUAUAUUAGUGUAAUUUUGGUUGUAUCAGUAUGGAUAUGAAGAACAAACAACUAAGCAUA